AUGGAUGGAGAACGCAUUGCAGGAGCGUCUCUCUUCAUCGCUGGUGCUUGUUUAGGAGGCCUUGGGAAUCUGACAGUGAUCCUUCUCUUCGUGUUUCGACUGUGGUGCGGUCGAGAGACGGACUUCGGUAAUCUGUCCCAGCUAAAUCUGACAGUCAGCAGUUUCUUCAUGACGGUUUACUUCGCCGCGGCAGCCAGUGUGACGUCCCUAACGACGCCGUCUGUCAGCAGUGUCACCUCUGACGUCAAGGUGCCUGUCGUCAGCGAGGGUCUGUGCCAGUUUACGGGCUGGAUGCACGUCUGUUGCUGCAUGGCCGCUUUACUAAGUAUGGUUUUCUUGGCUGUACAAAGGUAUCUAGCCAUCCAUCGGCCUCUGAAUUACCAAUCCAUUAUGACAAAACCGCGUUGUGUUGUGACUUGCGGCUUCAUCUGGGCGGUUGCUGCCUGUUGGGCGGGAUUUCCAUUCUUCGGCUGGGGAAGGUACCACAUCAAACCACCUGCGGAAGUGCCUGUGUGUUCUUUAGAUUACCAGAAAAGUUUGGAUUAUCUUUUAGUAACAGAACUGGCAGUAAGCGUUAUACCAAUUAGCGUCACAACCCUUUGCUUGUACAAGUCGUAUGGAGAGCUGAGGAGCACCGCCAGCGGAACUAACGUCUGGGACAUCAGCCAAAGUGCCAAUGGCUCCGCCGUCAAUGCCGAUGACGAGGCGCUCUGGAAAGCAAAGCAGUCUCUUCUGUGGAAACUAUCGACGUCAACACUCAUCACGUUUGUUGUGUGUAGCGCCCCCUUAUGUAUUUUCGCGCCAUUAUUAAUGGUUGUUCCGUCUAGUUGCGUGUACUGGAGCAUUGUUAUUAACACCGGAUUUUUCUCAGCGCAUUGGGCUCUCUGUUGGACUUGGAAUCAACAGCUUUCUGCCACUCUGCAGGUUAUCAAAGAAAUUGUUCUCAAGAAAAUUGAAAAUGUCCGGAAAGUGAUUUCUUAG